GCCUAAUCCCACUUUCCCAUCCAUCCACCGUCGUCUUCUCCUUCUUCUCCACAAAUUAGGCGGCAAAGUUAUAUAACGCGCGGCAACACGCACUUCCCAUCAAUCUCUCCCAUACUCACUUUCUUUUCCCGUUUCCCGCCAUUUCGUCACUAUCUCAUCUUCUUCAAUUCCUACUUUAUAUCCCAAAUCACCACUAUCAAAACCCUAGUUUCAACUCAUCUGCUUCAUCGAUUGAUAGCCAUGGCGGACGGCCACAUGUUCAACAGCAUCUCUCUCGUCGGCCGUGGCGGCGCUAACCCAGGGCAGCUGAGGGUUCAUACACGUGGUCUGUUGUGGAAGAAGCAAGGGGGUGGCAAGGCUGUGGAGGUUGAUAAGUCUGACAUUGUGAGAAUUACAUGGAUGAAGGUGCCGCGUAGCAAUCAGCUUGGUGUGCAGGUCAAGGAUGGCCUCAAAUAUAAAUUUGUCGGUUUUCGAGACCAGGAUGUCGCAAGCCUGACCAAUUUUUUCCAGAACUCAUGUGGAAUACCGCCUGAAGAGAAACAGCUUUCAGUUAGUGGAAAGAAUUGGGGAGAACUUGAUAUAAACGGUAACAUGCUUUCUUUUCUUGUUGGCGGAAAACAAGCAUUUGAGGUAUCUUUAGCUGAUGUGUCUCAGACACAGCUUCAAGGAAAGAAUGACGUCAUCUUGGAAUUCCAUGUGGAUGACACAACUGGUGCAAACGAGAAAGAUUCGCUGAUGGAAAUGAGUUUCCACAUUCCCAAUUCAAACACUCAGUUUGUCGGGGACGAGAAUCGUCCUCCCGCACAAGUAUUUCGCGAUAAAAUAAUGUCAAUGGCGGAUGUUGGUGCUGGCGGUGAGGAAGCUGUUGUUACUUUUGAGACCAUCACAAUUCUAACUCCAAGGGGCCGAUACAAUGUUGAACUACACCUUUCGUUUUUACGGCUUCAAGGGCAAGCCACUGAUUUUAAAAUCCAAUAUAGCAGCAUAGUUCGUGUUUUUGUUUUACCUAAGUCUAACCAACCGCAUACUUUUGUUGUUGUUACUCUGGAUCCACCUAUCCGUAAAGGUCAAACCUUGUAUCCGCAUAUAGUGAUGCAGUUUGAAACUGAUUAUGUGGUUGAGAGCACUUUGAUGAUAAAUGACGACUUGUAUGCUAGCAAAUACAAAGACAAGUUAGAACCAUCGUAUAAGGGUCUUAUACAUGAAGUCUUCACUAUGAUCUUACGUGGUUUGUCUAGUACAAAGCUGACUAGACCUGGGAAAUUCCGUAGUAGUCAGGAUGGUUAUGCUGUAAAAUCAUCAUUAAAAGCUGAAGACGGUGUUUUGUAUCCUCUUGAAAAGAGCUUUUUCUUUUUGCCAAAACCUCCAACGCUUAUUCUUCAUGACGAGAUUGACUAUGUGGAAUUUGAGAGACAUGCUGCUGGAGGAUCAAACAUGCAUUACUUUGAUCUUCUUAUAAGGCUGAAAACAGAGCAAGAACAUCUUUUCCGAAAUAUUCAAAGAAAUGAGUAUCAUAAUCUGUAUGAUUUUAUCAGUUCAAAGGGUCUAAAAAUCAUGAACCUUGGAGGUGGUGUUCAAGCUCCAGAUGGCGUUGCAGCCGCUUUACGCGAUGAGGAUGAUGAUGCUGUUGAUCCUCAUCUUGAGCGAAUUAAGAACGCAGCUGGUGAAGAAGAGAGUGACGAGGAGGAUGAAGAUUUUGUUGCUGAAAAAGACGAUGAAGGCUCACCCACUGAUGAUUCCGGGGGAGAUGAUUCGGAUGGUAGUGACAGCGACAGUGAAAAAGAGAAAAUUACCAAGAAGGAACCCAAGAGAGAGGCUGCAGGUGGAUCCAAAACAUCUUCAAGUAAGAAGAGAAGCAGUAAUAGUAACGAUGAUGGUUCAAAGAAAAAGAAACCGAAGAAGAAAAAGGAUCCCAAUGCACCCAAGAGAGCUAUGAGUGGUUUCAUGUUUUUCUCGCAGCUUGAACGGGAGAAUGUAAAGAAGGAUAACCCAGGAAUUGCAUUUAAAGAUAUUGGGAGGGUUCUUGGAGAGAGGUGGAACAAAUUGACAGCGGAAGAGAAGGCACCAUAUGAAGCAAAAGCUCAAAUAGAUAAGAAGAGGUAUCAAAAUGAAAUUAGCGGUUACAAGAACCCCUCCACCGUGGAUUUGGUCGAUGAAUCUGACAGUAGUUAAGUUAGUUUUCUGUUUAGUGGGUUUAUGUAUGUUGUAGGUUAAACUUGGGUCUCUUUUGUCAUAAUUCGGUUUAUUGACGAGACGUUUACAUGGUUGUGGUAUGCACAUUUUUAUUUAUUAGCGAAACUAUGAAUGAUCCGUAUGAUGGGAGACUAUAAAUGUUGGAAUCUUUUACUUA